AAGACAACUUGAGAUCGGUGAGAGGAAUUAACCUUUGAAUAUCUUUCCUAGUCCUUCAAUGGCUUUGUUGGGGAUGCUAAAGCUUUGUCUCAAUAUAUUUUUCUGUGUCAACCUACUAGCUUCUUGUCAAGGUAAGGUGGAUUACUCUGAAUACGGAUUUCCCUUUAUCAAGCCGGCAAGCACCUUCACAUCGUCGGCAAUUCAGUCGAACAGAUGGAGAAAUACGUAUGACUACAUAAUUGUAGGAGGUGGCACAGCUGGGUGUCCCCUAGCAGCCACCCUCUCCCAGAAGUACAGAGUUCUCUUACUAGAGAGAGGGGGUGUACCAUUUGCCAACCACAACGUCUCCUACUUGCAGAACUUCCACAUCUCUCUGGCAGACACCUCACCCACCUCCGCAUCUCAGGCUUUCAUCUCCACCGACGGAGUCAUUAAUGCAAGGGCUCGGGUGUUGGGUGGAGGCACUUGCAUCAAUGCUGGCUUCUACACAAGAGCAAGCUCCAGUUACAUUAGAAGGGCAGGUUGGGAUAGUAAGUUAGUGAGAGAGUCAUACCCAUGGAUCGAGAAGCAAAUUGUUCACCGGCCCCAACUAGCCCCAUGGCAGAAAGCAUUGACGAAUGGACUUCUUGAAGUCGGGGUCUCGCCUUUUAACGGUUUCACCUACAACCACAUCUACGGAACAAAGAUCGGAGGGACUACCUUCGAUGACUCCGGCCGUCGAUACACCGCUGCCCACCUGCUGGCUUCUGCAAAUCGUCGGAAUCUAAGAGUCCUCAUUCAUGCCACCGUGCAAAAGAUAGUGUUUGACAGAAACGGGAAGAAACCCGUGGCUGUUGGAGUGAUGUUCAAAGACGAAUAUGGGAAGCAGCAUCAAGCAUUUCUGUCAAGGAUGAGGCAGAGUGAGGUGAUAUUGUCGUCGGGUGCUAUCGGGAGCCCCCAGCUACUACUGCUGAGUGGCAUUGGGCCGGAAGCCGACCUCAAGGAGAUGAACAUACCGGUGGUGCUGCACAAUGAAUUCGUGGGCAAAGGAAUGUCCGACAACCCCAUGAACUCCAUAUUCGUACCCACAAAGAAACCGGUCAAGCAGUCGCUAAUCCAAACUGUAGGGAUUACCAAGAUGGGAGUGUUCAUUGAGGGUAGUAGCGGAUUCGGCCAAAACUCAGAUAGCAUCCGGUGUCACCAUGGAAUCAUGUCAGCAGAGAUUGGACAGCUCUCUACGCUUCCCCCCAAGCAAAGAACUCGGGAAGCCAUCAAAGCCUACAUCGAUGGAAAGCAGAACCUACCACAUGAGGCGUUCAUGGGUGGCUUUGUUCUAGAGAAGAUCGUUGGGCCGCUCUCGACAGGCGAACUCAGACUGAAUAGCACCAACGUGGAUGAAAAUCCUUCUGUCACCUUCAAUUACUUCAGCCAUCCCUACGAUCUACAGAGGUGCGUAUAUGGCAUUCGCACGAUCGAGAAGGUUGUGAGGACGAAGCACUUCGCCCACAUCAUAAACACUCACAUACCCACUGUGGAGAUGCUACUCAACAUGAGCGUGAAGGCUAAUGUGAACCUGAUCCCCAAGAAGACCAACGACACCAAGUCUUUAGAGCAGUUCUGUAGGGACACAGUGAUCACCAUCUGGCACUACCAUGGUGGGUGCCAUGUGGGCAAGGUGGUGGACUCCCAUUAUAAAGUCCUCGGCGUUCAUGGCCUCCGAGUUGUCGAUGGCUCCACGUUCACUGAUUCUCCCGGCACAAAUCCCCAGGCCACUGUCAUGAUGAUGGGCAGAUACAUGGGAGUAAAAAUACUGAGAGAACGUCUGGGUAGAGCAGCUGGUGUAUAAAAUGGAUUAAUUUUUACAACAGAUGUUGUUGUACUUGUAUGGAAAUUAAUUUGAUUGUUCUAAUUCUUGUAGGAAGUAUUAUUAUAUUGUUGCCUAGUAGCUAGAUGGAAAAGAUGGAUUAUAUUGUAUUGUAUAAUAACAUAGUUUUUAUGUAAAAUGUCUUGCUAUCGUAGUAAUAUGUCUUCUUUUCCA